UUACGUAUUGAAAUGGUGAAUUCGUAGUCAUGUUUUGGAUGCCAGACUUUGGACAUUUCUGGGUUAGAGAGAGAGAGAAAAAGUCUUAUUGAGUUACUGUCAUUAAGUCGUUGUGACGUCAGGAGGCUGCAGCUGACAUCUGAAGAACUUCUUCCACUAGCAGGAAAACAUCUUUCACUUCCACUUCAGCUUCUUUCCUGAUUCAAGCCGGCCUGAAAAGUCUGAGAAGAUCGUAGAGGACGUCUCAUCAACUCCACCACAAACUAUGGGCCAGAAGGUGGAGAAGAUGCAAGAUACAGACAAAGAGGAACCAUGGGAAGGUACGGCCGCUCCGGGACGUAUGGACCCCCAAAUUGAGCAGCCAAUCGCAGGUCUCGGUCAGAGGGAUCGACCUCUGAUAGUCGCAGGGGGUGGAGACGAGGAGAGACGGCCUGACACUGGAGCGACGGAGUACUCAAAGACCAGUCAGAUUUUGGAGAGAACCUAUCCUAGCAAGGACGGUAUUAAAAUUAUGGAUGAGGAGCAAGCUGGUAGACGUACGGUUGAUGCAAGAGUCUUGUGCGAGCUUCCCAACGAGGGGGACUGUCUAGUGCUGGAUGGGAACAAAACCAAAUCAUCCAUCAAAAAUAGAGCUGAGGAAGACACGACGCAACCAUCCAGGAAUUGCAUACCAGAGAACUUUGAAUUGACAGACAGCAGGUGUCCACAUUCCGCCAGUGACUUGCGAAACACAGCAAAGGAGGCGGACCUCUUGACGGUGACAACUAAUGAAUCAAAUUGUGAACGGAGUCACUUGGAAACUAUAGCAAUGCCGGAUUCAGGGUCUUAUGUACCAGAAACCCAAGAAGACAGGUUCACCGGUGCUGUCUCCAAUAGAGCAAACGAAGUGGCACACAGUUUGGGAACAACAAAACCCUUGAAAGACCAGGGACCUUGUCCAAAACCGCAACCGGAACAGGACAGUCGCAUUGAUUGCAAUGAAGACUGCGAUGGAAUGUCCCAUUUUGCACACUUGACAAAAGAGAGUGGUCCUGUACGCGUUUCUGCCGUCACCAUCCCUCCACCUUUAGCCAACUUUUUACCAGAAAAAGACGCAUUGACUGAACAAAUGGACCAGCCUCCGCCGACCAAAGUCAAAGGUCCACCUCCGCCUGUUCCGAAGAAACCCAAAAAUCCAUUUAUUAAGCUGAAGACCACUCAGUUGAGCUCCGGUGACGUGCAGAGACGAGUAAACCAGCGUUCUGAGGACAGAACCAGGAGGAGACGCACUGUGGAUUUUAACCGAUGCACAAAGAUGUCCAACCAGGACAUGUGUGCACUGUGGGACGAUAGAGGCACCUACACCAACAUACGACGCUUGUCCAUGGAACUCAGGCCUUGGGAAAACAUGUCACUGGAACACAUGGACGACGAGUACGGGGACUUGAUCAACUUUGAGUACUGUGCCCGUAUGGGAAAACUGUCCCCAGAUGAAGACCUCGUAGACUUGGACAUGUUGCAGAGGCGGGUGUUCCUGGAAAGAAGAAAUAUGUUCAAAACAGGACCGCCACCUGUCGCGACAAAGCGACCAAAUCCUUCCAUCCCUGCAGAGUCCGCGCAUGCAUCAGAUCAUGAGACUGAGCAACCAAAACCGGCUCUGAGAAGAGAGCCCCACACACGGGACAGCAUCAGAUCCAACCAAGAUCACUCCGAGAUCGCAUCCUUCAAGCCUGUGGCCGAGCUCGUCAAGGAGACCAUGAAGAGAAGUCAGGCUCACCGACUCAAGCCCGAAGGAGCCAAAACUCAAGUCCGGGUGGCAGAGCGUCAGAGUUCAAACAUCAACGUUUCUCAAAUAAAGAACGCCUUUGAUGUGCCAAAGAAAUCGAAAGAGAGACCACAAGAGCCUCAACCACUUCAAAAGAAAGACAUGUUGCGGCGAGUUGUGCGACAGAGCAAGUUUCGCCACGUCUUCGGCCAGGCGGUGAGGAACGACCAGUGCUACGACGACAUCCGCGUCUCCAGGGUGACAUGGGACAGCUCCUUCUGCGCCGUCAACCCCAAAUUUGUUGCCAUCAUCAUCGAGGCCAGCGGGGGCGGAGCCUUCCUUGUCCUUCCUUUACACAAGACCGGCCGCAUAGAUAAGGUCUGUCCUACAGUGUGUGGUCACACGGGUCCGGUGCUGGACAUCGACUGGUGUCCUCACAACGAUCUCGUCAUCGCCAGCGGCUCAGAGGACUGCACCGUUAUGGUUUGGCAGAUCCCCGACAAGGGUCUGGAGUCUUCCCUCUCAGAGGCGGUGGUGGUCUUGGAGGGCCACUCCAAGAGGGUGGGCAUUGUGUCUUGGCAUCCAACAGCGCGCAACGUGCUGCUCAGCGCAGGGUGCGACAACCAGAUCAUCAUCUGGAACGUUGGCUCGGGCGAGGCCAUGAUCAACCUGGAAGACAUGCAUCCCGACGUUAUCUUUAGUGUCAGCUGGAGCCGCAACGGCAGCCUCCUUUGCACCGCCUGCAAGGACAAAAAGGUCCGCGUCAUCGACCCCCGUAAAAAGAAGAUCGUGGUGGAGAAGGACAAAGCCCACGAGGGAGCCCGGCCAAUGAGAGCGAUCUUUUUAGCAGACGGAAAGAUUUUCACCACCGGAUUCAGCCGCAUGAGCGAGCGCCAGCUCGCGCUAUGGAAAGCUGACAACAUGGACGAGCCCAUUUGCGUCCAGGAAAUGGACUCCAGCAACGGCGUCCUGCUCCCCUUCUUUGACCCAGACACCAAUAUAGUCUACCUGUGCGGAAAGGGCGACAGCAGCAUUCGCUACUUCGAGAUCACGGACGAGGCGCCGUACGUCCACUACCUCAACACCUUCUCCACCAAGGAGCCCCAGAGGGGAAUGGGGUACAUGCCCAAACGUGGUCUGGAUGUCAACAAAUGUGAAAUUGCCAGGUUUUAUAAAUUACAAGAGAGAAAAUGCGAACCAAUCAUCAUGACAGUCCCGCGCAAGUCGGACCUCUUCCAGGACGACCUCUACCCGGACACGGCGGGCCCAGACCCCGCCCUGGAGGCGGAGGGGUGGUUCGCCGGCAAAAACGGGGGUCCCAUCCUGAUCUCGCUCAAGGACGGCUACGUCCCAACCAAGGGCCGCGAGCUGAAAGUGGUCAAGUCCAACGUCCUGGAGAACAAACCGGCCACAAAGGCGGAGAACGUCUCGAUCGUCCCGAAGCACGUCCCCCAUGCGCCCGCGCAGCAAUCGACGCAGAAGAUGGAGGACAAGCUGGAGGAGGUGCUCAGGGAGUUCAAGUCCCUACGGGACCGCGUCAUCCUUCAGGACCGUCGUAUCGCCAGACUUGAAGAGCAGGUUGCCAAGGUCGCCAUGUAAGUCGCAGACACCCCCUAAACCCCCCCCCCCUACCAGACCGAGAUUUCGGCGGCCAUGACUGCAGCGAAGGCCGGGUCUGCAUUCCAAGAUGAACAUUUCCUCCCCUCCCCCACACCCACUACCCCACUUUGUCUCCCUCCACCCCCUCACAGCCACCGCCAUGACACAGACAGAAAAAGGAAGUAUUUUUUAUUGAAAGAAAGUCUUACGUUAUUUUGUUUUUUUGUUCCAAGUUGUGCUGAAAGGUUGUACGUAGCAGCAGUAUUUCCUCUCAUCUUCUCUGUGUUGCCAAAUAUGGAUUGUGUGCAGUUUCAUGCACUGCUUUUGACUUUUCUGUCCUGUUGUACAUUCCAGGUCAAUUUUUUUUUAACGUGUUUUCAUCUCGCCCACCAGUUAGUUCUUUGCUAAAGAUCAGAUUUUAUGAAUGUGGAUCUUGUCAUCCUGUGGGCUUGAAAUGUUAACUUUCUUCAGAGCUGGGUGUUGUUGGCUUUGUAACGGUCGUAGUGGUGCCUGGUGUCACUGUUAAGGGUCAAACCAUGCAAGCCUCGCCCCGUCCGGUGCGUACUCGGUGCCGCCACGCGCACAGCUCGUCGACGGAAAGUUUUGUGCACAUAAUAAAGAUUUUACACUCAAAAACAAGCAUUUUUUCUUUUUGAAUACCACUAACUGCUGUCUUACUAUGAUGCACCUGUGAUAACC